AGGUCCUGUUGAAGCUAGCAUGUGACUUGGGAGCUUGAGCUUCGCUCCUCCAUCGUCAAAACACCCGAAGGCGCGCGCCCUCGACCAACGAUAGGGUUUGUAUGAUGUAUCUGAAUGGCGCAACAAAGCACAGGAUCAGCUAGGCGACCAUGGAUAGGCUAAGCAAUUGUGCUGUCUAUUAUUGUCUAACUAAUGACGACCGCGCCAAAUCCCGAGGAUAUGGUACUUGCACCUAGUAUUCAAGGCUAUAUAUUUGUCCGCAUUGAACGAAAAUGAUCAAGGCAAUAUUCUAUAGCAAGUUCGACACCCAGGAAGGCCCAAAGGUCGUUCACCAGGUUCCUGAUGGAGCCAUCGUGCCGUCCCCAACAGCACCUCCGAACCAACCUCCCCUGAUUACUUUCUCUGAUAUAUCCUUCUUCGUGAUUCCGCGACAGGAACUAUGCGGCAAUCUAAUCCACGUCUGUUCUGGUGGUUAUCGCAUCGUUGGCUCCCCCGUGUGCAUGACCUCCCCGAAAUACGAUCGAAAUGAGUUUAUAUUCAACUUCUGCAUCGUGCUGGCGGAAGAUGAGGAAUUUGGCACUUUCAAAAGCGUUGUGCAGAAGCUGGCGCAUCUAAUGUGUGGGCUAGAAGAGCAGUCUGGAUUUUUGUCAAAGGAUCUCUCGAAGGGCGGAGAAGGGAAGGUUUACAGUCUGUGUGAGACGUUGAUGGAGGAUUUGAAUAAUUAUUGCGAGUGUAUGAUUCCAAUUGAUGAACUCAACACUCUGAAUAUCAAGUUAUUCCCUAUUUAUCCCUCACCACCUAUGGUGAAAGCCUGGCAUGUACCACUAUUCACGGUUCGAUAUGAGGCCUUUGUGGAUGAAAACUGGGAUCUGACAAUGCUAAGAAUCGUACCUUUUAUCAACGGGGUUAACAGCGUUCGCAUAAUUUCGGCGCUUGCAGAUACGGACUUUUCUUUGACAUGCAGCGCGAUCCGACAUUUGAUCUACUACGGCUGCAUAUUUCUCCUAGAUAUCUUCUCCUUUACGGCAAUAUAUGCCCCAACUGCUCAGUUCGGUUCAACCAUCGCAGUGGACGAAGACAUGCAGCGUGAAUGCGCACGAUAUGUAAAUACUCGUUUCGCUCCCACCCCAAGCAUAACUGCACCACCGACAGUGACCGCAUCCACCCAAUCUACCGUAUCAUCCAGUUCACGGAGCAGAUCGAAGGGGCGUAGAGAUGACCAUGUGGACCAUGAUGAUAUAUGGCCUUUGGUCGCCAACUCGGGGACUGCCUCCCGUGACCCCGCCGGCCAGCGCGCCAGUAUCGUUGACGGGGUCGGACUAAUUGAGCUUUACGCCAGUCUUAGACAGGGAAAGACUGUCAAACAGUGGUAUAUCGAACACAGCCGCGAACUUGCCAACAUUGAUUUAAGACGCUUCAUAACAUUUGGCGUCAUAAAGGGUUUCCUGUAUCGUGUUCAUAAAUACGCCUUUGCAACCGGAUAUCUAGCACAACCAGCAAGACAACACCGGCAUGGUCUUGUGCCGUCAUCGUCCUCCUCAUCAUUUUCCCAAAAGAAUCAGAGUGAAUCUGUCGCCAGUGGCGGUUCUGAUUUAGGAGGAGCAGGAGAAGGUGGAGGGGGGAGAGGACGUCGUUUGUCCACGUGGAGUCGUCGGUCAAUUAGCUCGCGGGACGGGAGUGAUGUGACGGCGUUUUCGACUACUUCGUAUACCAACGACGACAACGCCGUUGACGAUGAUAGGGACGAUGAUUACGCUUUGGGAGGCGAAGAGGAGGCCCUGAUUGACGAUAAGACACUGGGAAAGUAUCUUGAUGGCGCCCAUUGCUUCGAUCAGAUAUGCACGGAGCUAGAAAUCAGUGAGAAAGAACUUACCGAUCGGCUGAAGUCGUAUCCGUUUGAGGUACAGAUUAUUGAUCGGUAGAUUGGAUAAUUUAUGAUGUACGUUGUUGCUGUUUUCCCGGAUCUGGAACCGUGCGCGGAAUGCCUGUGCUUUACUUGGAUGAUUUAUAUAACUGCAAUCAAUAUACCCAUAUCCUCUUACGUAGAUAAUGUUAGAGAAAAGUCCACUUCUUGCACUUCUUGACACGGUGGAUACAUCCCGUUUUCUCCUUAACUCCUCAGAAUCAGACGUUAUGAUGGGAGUGAAGGCAGCAAAAAUUGGACUCGGUGAACGUUGGGAUGAGUUCAUUGAAUCAGUGAUGAUUCCUGAAUUUUUUUUUAAAAAAAAGAAAAUAAGCCAGACGCACAUUUACAUCCUCCCAAUAGUUCUUUCCCCCUUAUUUGACAGCGCGCCCAAACCCCUUUCCGUCCUAAAACCUUGCCCUGAAGACGCCUACACCGGGUAAAAUCCUACAAAAACCCAGAAAAUAAAGAGCAGGAUAUCACGAACAAAAACUGAAACCAUUCCCAAUCCACAAACCACCCCCCCAAAAAGCAAUAGGAAAUUUGGAUAAUACCGUGGAAUAGAAGAAAAGGAUAGAAACAAAAAGAUUUGUUUGGUGGUGGUCUAUUCUUGCUCCUCGUCCCAACCCUCCAACUCCGCUUUCUCGUACUCCUCCAUGAGCGCAGGGUCAAAGAUACUCUCGUCUUUUCCAGGCACUGUCGUUUUGCAAUCUUUGAACACAGGACCGAUGCAAUCAGCCCACCGCUUCCGACGAUCCAUCAGCGUGCGGGCCACAUCGCCAAUUCCUGGCCUGCUUACACCCGCUCCCGAAGCAUUGGGCGCCACAAGAUGGCUACCCCCGCCCGCACCGCCAGGCCUAUGCUUAGCCUGCGAGCCCUUCUUGCUUUUGCCAAGCGUGCGCGUGCGUUUAAGGUAUGCCUGUUGGACUUGAGAAUCCAGGUCGUCGUGGAUCGUGCUGUACUCUUGAUAAGCAAGGCGUUCGCGGGCGAUUUCAAGGAGCCGGGCCUUGCGGGCACCAUUGACAAUCAUUUGCUUCUUCAAUUCUGCCUGUAAGAGACGUAGGCGUUCCGCGAUGUCAUCGUCGUAGUGUGCGUCGUAGUCUGGGUUAUCAUCCUGGCCAAAAAUCCCAACGUAGCGAAGUUCAGCUUUCAGUCGUUCGUCCAGCUGUCCGUGUUCGAGCUUGGCGGCUGGUACCUUGAAACCAUUCGGGGACGCAUCCACGAAGGUUGUCGCAGAGUUAAACGGUUUCGUAUCAGACUCUGCACCACCCACAAGGUUGUCUAAAUCCAUUGUGUCUCCAUUCACUGUGGGGUUCGUAUUGGCAUCCUCAUUGUUAGUAAUAGAUCCCGCCGUGUUUUCCUCCGGUAGAGUGCGAUGUUCGAAACGAAGCAGGGAGUAUAGACGGCUGACGAGGGGAGGUGCAGAGAUUUGUUCUGUUUCUGCAGUUUCAUCUGUCAUCUGUUCAAUGCUUCCACGGCCUUGGUUUAGGGGAAGCUGCUCUCGUUCUUGAGUAGAAGAAUCAACGUUGAUUGACCCGUCCUCCUCAGCCCAGAUUUCAGUGUAGUGUUUUUUGUUUCGACGCGGUAAGAGGAAAGGAGUCGUGCGGUCACCCUGUGUGGGAGGAGUUAGCUUGUAGUUGCAGAGAUUUCCACCCAAAAUGAUCGACUUACCCUCUCCUUAAGAAACGCAAUGUCCUCCUCCGUUAGCGGACGAACAUACGGUUCAAUAUAGGUGGCGAAUGUGUUGGCGCUGACUUGAUUGGUAGGCUUUGCAUUACUGAAAUCUUUGUCUGGAGGAGUUCCCGUCAUCAUAUGGCUGAGAUCACUCUUUGGGAACUGUGCGACACUGUAAAUCUUCCGUUUCUCGUCGUCUGUCAUUCCUGGGGUAACGUCUCGGAUAUGAUAGAUAGUGGGAUCAUCAAAUGUGAGGGGAUCAGGCCCAAACACUUGAUAUUGUGGAAUAGAUGGCGCCGGCUCCGGCUGGUGAGAAUCUGAACUAUCCAUGGACUCGGGCGAACCCGCAGUUGAGAGCUGAUCUCCAGGGCCAGUGGGCGCUGGAGACGGUGUGGGCGACAGCGAGGAAGUACUGGACACGAUAUUUUUUGACUUCUUGGAAGGAAUUGAAGCUGUAUUAAGCGAGUCUUUCGCACCGCGGCGAUGUGGAACUAUUCUAUCUGUUAGAUUCAAAUCACCACAAAAUAGGAUGCAAAAAUGUUUAAGGUGAGACAAAGGUGAAUGAAAAUAAACAGUGUCAUUGCUGUUAUUGGCAGCCAGAAGUGAAACAAAAUGCAGACUAGUUGCGGCAAGCGAUAUAACAAAAUGGAAUGCUUACUAUCUGUUUUCAAAUCUGUUCCAUCCUGCUUGACUACAGCAUGAGCUCCGUGUGAUAGCGGUCUAUCCUCUUUGACAGUCCCUCUAUCCUUUCUCCUUUUCAGCUUCCCCCCUUUGGAGGAUCGCCCCGCAUCGUCGUCAUCGUCUGCCUCUCUCUUCAUUCUCAAUCGUUCGUCUGCAUCUCGACUAAAUUGCUCGCGCUCCCUCAGUUCCUCAAGGGCUUCUUUUCGUUUCUGUGAUAUCUCUCGUAUUCCAGCAUUGCAUGCUUCGCCUCUUGCCUCAGCAAGCUGGCUGAGGGUUUUGAGAUGCUCCACUAAGGACUCAAGCGCUCUUGGCUCGGGAAUCUGGCCGCUUCCACCCAACUUAUCAAGGAUAUCGGAAUACUGCACUGUCGUUGGCACGAGCAUUUUUGAAAUAUCAUUGUCCAGAGAGCCCAGCCCGGUGACGGUAUUAGUGCUAGCAGAGCUAGGAGUUGUGUUGCGGCUUCGGGAUCUCCUAACUUCGCGGCCCUUCCCUUUACUCUUAUUUGCGAGUGGCGGAGGCAUGCUCGAUGAUACCUCUUGGAGGUUUGAAUGCCCGGAUGACGGGGCGGCAGUGCAAGGUGGGAACUGGGUGGGUAUAGUAUGUAAUUUUCCCAGGAAAACCAAUGAUUACUAUAUCAUCUAUCUAUAGAGGAUACCCGGGGUGACCAAAUUAGCAUGGGCAUCAACUUCCAAGGAUUUCUACACAGCGCAACACGAGAAGGGGAAGAUCAAACUUUUGGGUGGGAAAAUUCCCCAAGGCCUGGGGCCAACUUACAGGUGUUUGGCGCAGGUCGCUUAACACUUUUCAGGUGAUGAGGCGGUUUAAUUUCCCUUUGGAUGCCGUGUGCACUUCAUAUUCACCCUCUCGCCAUGUCUCUUGCGCCGCAGGUCUGAAGUCGAAGUCGCGAUCAACUGAGGUCAUUGAUAUCACAUGACUGGACUCCACAGUGUCGAUAUGCCAAGACAUUUUCAGGUGUUGGUUCUCUAAUCUCUUUUGGAAUAGCGCGAAAUGGCUCCAGGAAAGCCG